AUGCCUGGUAUAACGACUGACUUUUACUCUUGUCCGUUGUUGGCUGGUUUUCUUCGCGUAGCCCACGUCCUGCUCUUGCCUGGUUUAAAUUUUUCAGCUGGAAAACUACUUUCUUCCAUCUGUAAGACAGAUGAGCAAGGCAUCGCGGGCAUGAUGAAGAACAGAAGAGCGGCCAACAACACGCUGAACAGUCCUGUCGUGGUUCACGCUGGCGCCAGCGAGCACGUCUCGGACGAAAAGAUCCUGCAGUUUCUGUCUGCGUUCAUCAAAGAACGUGAGGACGAAGCAGACGCCGACACGUCUGGCGCCUUAGCACAGUUACGGAGGAUCGAACGGGACUUCAAGGGCCUGCCUCCAACGGUUCUCGAGUCGUGA